UGACAAAACAGUUUAAUAUUAUUAAUAUUAAUUAAUAUUAAAUGUGUACUAAAGCAAAACCCAUUAAGUUCCUACUUUAUACAAUGUUGUCUGCUUGGGUUGUAGGGGGAGACCAAGAUCCUGAAGUUGAAGAACCUGCGUCCUCAGGACUAUGCUAACUACACAUGCACUGCCUCUGUCCGCAAUGUCUGUGGCAUCCCCGACAAGAGUGUGCUAUUCCGGCUCACCAACAAAACCGCCUCCCCAACUAUUAAGCUGCUUGUGGAAGACCCCAAUUGUGGCCAACCCUGGGCAGACAGUGAUCCUGGUGUGCAUCAUCUCUGGAGGCGAGCCUACCCCGACCCUGACGUGGGUUCGGAACACCGAAGAGCUUCCAAAGAAGAGCAUUCUCAAGAGUGACACCCUUACAAUACCUGCCAUCAGCACGGAGGAUGCUGGUGUUUACAGCUGUGUAGCCAGUAACAAUGUGGGUAAUCCUGCGAAGAAAUCCACCAACAUUGUCGUCAGAGCUCUGAAGAAGGGCCGGUUCUGGAUCACACCCGACCCCUAUCAUAAUGAUGACAACAUCCAGAUCGGCAGAGAGGUGAAGAUAUCCUGUCAGGUGGAGGCCACGCCGCCUGAGGAGCUGAUGUUCAGCUGGCUGAAGAACGGCCGUCCGCUGCGUAGCUCAGAGCGCAUGGUCAUUACCCAGACCGACCCAGACGUUGCCCCGGGAAUCACAAACCUGGACAUCAUCGACCUCAAGUUUACUGACUUUGGCACUUACACCUGUGUGGCCUCACUAAAGAAUGGAGGGAUACCAGAGAUCAGCAUAGACGUCAACAUCUCCUCCACCACUGUCAUGCUUAAUCAACCUGCAGAUGCAAGAUCUCUCUCCCACCAGGCUCCCUGCAGUUGCAAUCGGAAAUACAUUCAGCAUUGUUCUCCUCUUUUCUUUUUUUUUGUCCUUUACUCAUUACCAUCCCUUCAUAUAAAUCUGUCUUUCCCCCUCACCUUAUGUAGGAGAGAAAAUAGAUUUGUCUUUUAUCUCCAAUGGAGAAAAAAUGUCUUUUUUUCUCACUGUACAGUAUUUAUCUGUCUUUGUCAUCAUCUUUCAUAUCCCACAUCUCAUAUGUGCAUGAUAGGUUUCAUUAUGACAGUCCGUUUCUUGUAUUAAGUCUUUUGCUCCUUUUUAAGACUACCCCAAAAUAAUCCACUCAUCCUCACUAUCCAACUAGGGCCCUUGUUUUCAUGCAGCUCUUUUAUUAAUAGUGUUGAGCUUGUGAAGUGGGCCAUGGAGACUUGGACACUUCAUGUCCUUAUGCUUUAUGUACAGUGAAGUAAGUUUCAUGUUUAAUGGAAAGGCCUGUGUGGCACCCCAGUGGCUAAUUUCAGAGGAACUGGUGUUUCUGUGGCAUUGUUGAAGAUGUUGAUGUCUUCAGUUGUCCUGUCUCACAGAGCAUGUCAUCACAUCAACCUGACCCUGCGGUUUCUGAGGUCUGGACUCAAUCAAAAUACAGUAGUUAAUGGAAAGUGUUUUGGUCAAAUUGUUCAGUCAUUUGGGGAUUUGAUGUGGAAAACUCACAUUCCCUUGUACCUAGACGUCCUAAGUGCCUGUCAAAAUUUGAAGGAAUGGUACGGGUUGAAUACAAGGUCCGUCAAUAGCAUUUCUCCA